AUGACUCAGAAACAAGUAGUGAAGAUAUCUGACAAUCCCAAUGGUCAUCUUCAUAAGGAUAGUUAUAGCGGAGUCACGAAUUUUACCAAAUACAACAGCGAAAACUCGGAUACUGGUAAUAAUGCGAAUCCUGUUGAGAAGACAAACGCUACUCAGGAGUGUGAAGACUUAAAAUCCAACUAG